UGACGGACAGCGUUACUGUCAGAGGAAACAGGCGAAGGAGACAGAGCGAGGAGACAUGUGAGGACGGAAGACCAAUCAUGUCUCCUGCGCAGGGCGGCACAUGUAGUUGUUCAAACAUCAGGACGUCGAGUCUUUGGGAUUACGGGUCCUUGUCGACUUUGACCGCGUUAGUAGAACUGUGAGUGUGAUUUUAUUUUAUUAUUAUUAUUAUUAUUAUUAUUUUCCCUCGUCCUCAAACUUCAGCCGGAGAGGAAACGUUCCGUUUCUCUACAAAGGUUUCUCCGAGGCCCACAGCACCAUGGUGAACAACCAGACGUCAGGCGUACCGCCGGCACCCAGGUUGUGCGCAGGAUGUGGAGGGAAGAUCGCUGACCGUUUCCUGCUCUUCUCUAUGGAGCGCUACUGGCACACACGCUGCCUCAAGUGUUCUUGCUGCCAAGCCCAGCUGGGUGAUAUCGGCACCACCUGCUACAGCAAAGGGGGCAUGAUUCUGUGCCGCAGCGACUACAUCAGACUGUUUGGGCACAGCGGGGCGUGUAGCGCCUGCGGCCAGUCCAUCCCAGCCAACGAAAUGGUGAUGAAGGCGCAGGGAAACGUUUACCACCUCAAGUGUUUCAGCUGUGCCACCUGUAGAAACCGGCUCAUACCUGGAGAUCGCUUCCAUUACAUCAACGGUACAAUCUUCUGUGAGCAUGACAGACCUGGUGCUGCCUUGCUCAGCAGCCACCUGCCUCCACUUCAGGGCACCUCUGUGCUGACAGACCAGAAGGUCUGCUGAGCGGCAGAACGACACACGCUGCCGUCUCCUUUCCUCCUGAACUUCACAUCAUCGUUGCUGCUCUCGCUGAUUUUCUUUUUUGUGGUUUCGCGUUAUCGUCCUGCCACAUUGCCACUGCCAGGAUGCGCUCUCGUCUCUCACCAUGUCGACAUUAUGUCUUGCGUGGUCGCUGCAUCGUACAGACAAGAACCACCAAACUCUUUCAGUACUGAACAGUGGACGAACACAACAGAGUGAAUGAACAUUUAAAGGACUGAAGCUUUUGUCAUGUGGCGUUAUUUACUCUGUGUCCUUGUGUUAAUGAACUGUGGGGGGGGCAGUUGUCUUCUAUGCCAAGCUGAGAUCUUCCGUGUUGUUCCUGAGUAGGACUUUGUUUGGUGUCGAGCUGGAAUCCAGGCUCUCUUCACUGCAGUCCAAACUCAGUCCAUCUGCUCAAACUGAUGUUAAUCAGUGGAAUCACCUGCUGGAGUGGCUGGUUUGCAAAAGAAACC